AUGUCAGUCGCUGAAAAUCUAGGGGGUAAUGUGUUAAUCUGCAUGUUCAUCGCCGCUGUUCUCAAUGGGGUGACAUUGACACAAGCACUCUACUACUAUCAGACCUAUCCGGAUGACCGUCGAUCAUUGAAACUAGUGGUCGCUGCAAUUUCUGCGCUUGAGUCGUUACACACGGUCUUCUGCGUUACCUGGGCCUACGUGUAUCUGAUCAAGCACUUCGGGCAUCCCGAUAUCUUUGACCAUAUAUACUGGACAAUCUCGACCACAAUCGUAAUAGGUAUAAUUGUCGCCGGAAUUGUCCAUUGUUACUACGUACGACGGGUCUGGUACAUGAGUAACCAGAACAAGCCUCUGACCGCCUCGAUCGCAUUGCUCGCUAUCAUGAGAUUCGCUUUCGGGAUGACUGUCGCGAUUCUUUGUUACUAUAUACCAUACUGGAGUACCUUCAGGAUGCACAAAUAUUCAGACGUGACUGUCGGGUUGGCUCUUAGCAGCGCGGCAGCGGUCGAUAUAUUGGCCGCAAUCUCCCUGAUCUACUACCUGCAUACGACUCGCCCCAGCUCGAAUCUAAAGGACAGCCGCGUCAACAUGCUGACGGUGUACAUUAUCAACACUGGCCUCAUCACUAGUAUCUUCUCACUUCUAAUUCUUGUCACGUUCAUGGCUCUACAUUCAAACCUCGUGUUCCUGGCCUUCAUCGAAAUUCAAAGUAGACUCUACGCGAAUUCGUUCCUUGCCAGCCUCAAUGCCCGCCAAACGCUGAGGAACAAGGGUGUCAACGUCCAAUUCUCUUCCUACGAUUUUGGUGACAAGCCAGGUUCUCCUACUCCAGCUCGCAUCCGGGUCGUGAAGGAGACUGUCAAGACUAUUGACGAGCCGUCGGAAUCCCCUCAUGAGAGGGGCGAGUCCCUGUUGUUCAAGACCGGUAUUACAGAAGAUAGCGCUUCCGAUCUGAAUGAGAAGAACUCCGAACUCAAGAUAACUCUGAGCAGUAAUAUCUGA